AUGCAUUCCACGCUCGUCCGCGCGCAGAAUGUCUUCGGAUACUUCACCACUGUAGCUGCCUUUGUCGCGGCCGUCAUUGCGCUCUCAGUCUUCAUCGCUCCGCAAGCUCCGUCCGGUACCCUCAAGCUGCAGAAUGUCCAGGUUGUUCGCGGCCGCCCGCAUUACUAUAGCCCCAAGAAGGAGGAGUACGCUCACAUCAAGUUCGACCUUGAUGCUGACCUGACGUCGCUGUUCAAUUGGAAUACAAAGCAAGUCUUCGCCUACAUUACCGCCACCUAUCCCUCUCGCGAUCCGUCCGAGCCUCCUUCGCAGGCCAUCAUUUGGGAUGCUAUCCUCUCUUCGCCCUCUGCACCAUGGCAUGAAAACCACUACAUCCACCCGGACCCCAAGGGCAAGACCAAGCGUUCGAAGUCGAAGGGCAGUGAGGUGUCGCCCUACCCGCCGGGAGAGUUCCAUCUGCAGAAGCAGCGCCCCAAGUACCAGAUCACCGACAUAACUGGCAAGCUGGCGAAUAGGACCGAUGUGCAGCUUGAGCUUGGUUGGAACAUUCAGCCUUGGGUCGGCCUUUUGACUUGGGCCGACUGGCCGCCAGUCGCCAAGUAUGGCGGCGCGUGGAAAGGAUUGGCAGGUGGCAAGAGCGAGAAGUUCCAGUUCCCCGAUCUGAAGGCCAAGAAGGAUGCCGACACUUCCACUGAGAGAGGAAAGGAAAAGAACAAGGAGGGUGUGUACUGGUAG